AACACUGUUUACUGGAAGCCGCCGCGCCAUCUUGAAGCAGAAAGGGGUUUUUUUUUAAACGGGAACAUACGAGCGGGGGGAAAAAAUACAGUCUUCUUCCACCCGUGAGCCCGUUUCGUUGGGCUGGGGACGAAAAUGAUCAUUUACUUGCAAGUUAUGACACGAAGAGGAAUUAUUUUUUAAUUAUUAUUUUUUGUUGUUUCCACAAGAGCAAAGUGGGCAGCAUUGGCUGUAUUUUCUUUUCUGCGAGUGACCCAGCUAGCUUAGUUAGCUAGUUUUGUUUAUGUGUUAGCUAGCUAACCUUACUUCAGGCUGGAUAUGACAUCUAGUUCAGAUAUGCCCGAUGUGCCUUCCUUGGGCAUGGCUACGCCAGCUGGGUCUCACGCUGGGCCCGGAGCCGUCGUGCCCAAGGGCAACAACAAACGCCCAGCCAGCUCUGACUAUGAAGACGAUGAUGGAAGCAAACUCUUCAGGUGUGACGAUGAUCCAAGUCUCUCGAAUGACAAAGAGCGCUUUGCCAGGGAGAACCACAGUGAGAUUGAGCGUCGGCGGCGGAACAAGAUGACUGCAUACAUCACCGAGCUAUCAGAAAUGGUGCCUACAUGCAAUGCGUUGGCACGGAAACCAGACAAGCUGACGAUCCUGCGCAUGGCAGUGUCGCACAUGAAAUCCCUGAAAGGCAGCGGCAACACUGGCACUGACGGGACGUAUAAGCCCUCCUUCCUCACAGACCAGGAGCUGAAGGAUUUGAUUUUGGAGGCGGCUGAUGGCUUUUUGUUCGUGGUGUCGUGUGAAAGUGGACGGGUCGUGUACGUUUCCGACUCGAUCACGCCCGUCUUGAACCAGGCUCAGUCAGAGUGGCUGGGCUCCUCCCUGUAUGACCAGCUCCACCCAGAAGACAUGGACAAACUGAGGGAGCAGCUCUCCUCCACCGAGAACUCCAGCAGUGGGCGUAUGCUGGAUCUAAAGACUGGUACAGUGAAGAAGGAGGGGACUCAGUCGUCAGCGAGGAUGUCAGUGGGGGCACGCAGGUCCUUUAUCUGCCGGAUGAGAUGUGGGGGUUGUUCAGUGGAGCCAGUGUCCAGGAACAGACUUGGCUUUCUGAAGAGCAGAAACAGCAGGAGUGGUUUGGGUCCUGCUAAAGACGGUGAACCUCAAUAUGUGGUGGUGCAUUGUACUGGAUACAUCAGAUCAUGGCCUCCUGCAGGCGUUUCACUUUCUGAGGAGGAAUGUGACAGUGGGCAGGGGAAUUGUUACUGCCUGGUCGCCAUAGGACGGCUGCAGGUCACUUGUUGCCCCAGCGACAGCAGCCUGAACAGUAUCAGUGUUCCUGUGGAGUUCAUUUCCCGCCAUAACUGCCAGGGAACGUUCACAUUCGUGGAUCACCGCUGUAUGGCCACAGUGGGGUACCAGCCCCAGGAACUUCUGGGGAAGAAUUUUCUUGAGCUAGCCCAUCCAGAGGACCAGGGAUUACUCAGAGACAGCUUACAGCAGGUGGUGAAGCUCCGAGGUCAAGUUCUGUCUGUGAUGUUCCGAUUCCGAGCCAAGAACCGGGAGUGGAUCUGGAUGAGGACAAGUUCCUUCACAUUCCAGAAUCCGUACUCGGAGGAGAUAGAGUACAUCAUCUGCACCAAUGCCAACGUUAAGCAGUUGCAGCAGCAGCAGCAGGCAGAGCUGGAGGUGGGCGGAGCCAGGGAAGGGGUCUAUGAGGCUGGACAGGUAUCUCUUCCUCAGGUGCCAGGAUCUGUAGCGUCUGACCCCAGUCUCUCUAAGGUUCUCUCCUCUGCUGCGCCCCCUGUUGGCCAGCAUGUUUAUUCUCCAGCAGCUUCAUUCAGUGCUUCUGCUCGGCCCAACGAGUCCUUCAGGUCAGCACCAAUGGCCCAGCCCUUGGGACAGCCUGCUCCCUCUGCAGGUCAGAUGCUGGCACACAUGUCCCGGCAAGGUGCCCCCUCUGGUCCAGUGGUGAACAGUAGCAGUUCUAUCCAGGCACAGUCUGGAACCUCGGGACCCCCUGGGGCCUGGCCUUCCUCACAAACCCCCUUCAACACACAGGUGGGCGGGCAGGCAGGGAAGAAUCAGUCACCACAGUUUGCCAUUGGAUCCUUUAGCUCCGCCCCUUCCUCCUCUGUCUCUCCCUCUUUCGGGCAGAUGGGUGGAGCUGCGGUUAACACACCAUCCAACACAUCCAGUUUCCCUCAGCUCAGCAACCGCCCCCACCCCCCAAACAACGGCUACAGUGAUGUCAGUCAAGCAGGGGUGCAGUUCUCCUCGAGACCAGCAGAGGCCACUGGCUGGCAGCAGUGGCAGAACCAGCAGCACACGCAAGGCCCCGCAGAAGCACAUCCUCAUGUCCCGAACAACCAACCUGAGAUGUUCCCGGAUGUUCUGUCCAUGUUGGAUCAGUCUGCAAACUUCAACAACGAAGACUUUGGUGAAAUUCCGAUGUUCCCUCCAUUCCCCGAGUGAGCGUGUGCCUCCACGCUCUCUUUCCUCUCUCUCUCGGUCGUGUCUGUCUAACCAGGCCAUCUGUGGAUGGGGAGGAAGUGAGAGGGAUGUUUAAAGUCAUCGUGUAGAGGAGGAGCGAGGAGUAGUGGAGGGGACAGGUCAGGUGGACGGGGCUCGGCCCCCACCACACCCACCUCCAAGACUCGGCAGUGGUUAAGGCUCUCACUAAAACUACGCACAUAAAAGCACAGAGGGAACACAAGUCCUACACACUGAGUUACUGCCCCCCACCCCACACUGAUGCACGCAUGAUCGCGCCCACGUAGGUUUGAAUUUCAGCCCCCACGUCACCUCUCUCAGGUGUAUGAGGUCAGUACCGUGAUGCUGGGAGGUGUAGCAAGUGCUGACUCCUGCCUACCUGAGAGGUACUGCACUCUUUGGGAGUUGUGGGGAUUUUUUGGUUUUUUGUAAGAAUUGCAGUUAUAUGAGGAUGUUCCUCCAGUGAGACACACACACACACACACACACACACUGUUUGCACUGUUAAUACAGAUACACAGAUGUGAUUGCUCUGUGAUGCUCUUCCUCCUCUCCUGGUUGUAUGAUUUUUGAUUGCUUUUAAAUAUGUUUUUGUUAAAACAGUUGAAUAGGACGAAAAAAAUGAAACUGAAAAGACAAUAAUUAUGCGCAGGGAUCAGUCUUCUAAGUUCUUUCACUGUGUCCUGGUGAGUGGUUUGGAAGUCAUUGUUAUUGAAAGUGUCUAUGGUGAGAAAUUCAAACAAGUAAUCGGGGUUCUCUGGCCUUUUGAUUCACUUUAUUGUUAAAGGGUGUGAAGUGUCCACAAAAUUGGAAACAGCCAUUCGCUUUAUGGUCAUGGACAAGGUUGGAAAGCCGGACUCUUCGUCGCAAUUUUUAUUUCUGCUUGUCUUUAAUUCUUUUAGCCUCCCUUUAUUUAGUCUCCGUUUCCUCCAGAUUUAAUGUAAAUGUGCACGCUGUGCUCCUCUGCUGGGUGUGCUCCUGCCUCUGUAGCGCUCCACACUCGCGUGGUCAGAUGUUGCGUCUGACGCUGGUCUCAGGAAGACCCACCCAGA